AUGGCUCCUUGGCCCGAUAGCAACGCCACCUCCAGGGGGGACGCAGCCACCAACUGCACGGGAGCCGACAGCCUGAGCAAGCAGUGGGCCAUCGGGGCCGCCCUGGGCCUCACGGUGCUGGUGAUCGCAGCCGGCAACCUGCUGGUGAUCCUGGCCAUCGCCAAGACGCCGCGCCUGCAGACCAUGACCAACGUGUUCGUCACCUCGCUGGCCUGCGCCGACCUGAUUAUGGGCUUGCUGGUGGUGCCGCCGGGGGCCACCAUCGUGCUAAGCGGCCACUGGCCCUACAGCACCACGGUGUGCGAGCUGUGGACCUCGCUGGACGUGCUGUGCGUCACGGCCAGCAUCGAGACCCUGUGCGCCAUUGCCGUGGACCGGUACCUGGCCAUCACCUCGCCGCUGCAGUACGAGGCGCUGGUGACCAAGGGUCGGGCGCGGGCCGUGGUGUGCCUGGUCUGGGCCAUCUCCGCCUUCGUCUCCUUCCUGCCCAUCAUGAACCACUGGUGGCGGGACGGGGCGGACGAGGAGGCGCUGAGCUGCUACCAGAACCCGAGCUGCUGCGACUUCGUCACCAACAUGCCCUACGCCAUCCUCUCCUCCAUCAUCUCCUUCUACGUGCCGCUGCUGGUCAUGCUCUUUGUCUACGCGCGGGUCUUCGCCGUGGCCAGCCGGCAGAUCUGCCUCAUCGAGCGGGACAAGGUCCGCUUCCUCCAGGGCCCCCCCAGCCCCGGCGCCAAGGGCCCCCGCCGGAGGAGACCAUCCCGCCUCAUGGCCAUGAGGGAGCACAAGGCGCUCAAGACCCUGGGCAUCAUCAUGGGCACCUUCACCCUCUGCUGGCUGCCCUUCUUCGUGGCCAACAUCGUCAAGGUCUUCUACAGGUCCCUCAUCCCCGGCCAGGUCUUCCUCUCCCUCAACUGGCUGGGCUACGUCAACUCCGCCUUCAACCCCAUCAUCUACUGCCGCAGCCCCGACUUCAGGAGCGCCUUCAAGAAGCUGCUCUGCUGCCCGCGGAGCGCGGACCGCCGGCUGCACGCCGUCUCCAGGGACCUCCGCCGGUGCCCCUGCGCCUUCGCUUCCCAGGAGGCCUCCCCGGCGGACAGCAAGCCCGUGGCGCAGGGGCAGCAGCCCGGGCAGGCGGAGGAGGAGGAUGGGGGAACCAGCAUCAGCAGCAGCCGCUCCAGUAGCAGGACUGAGGAGACCAACCUCUCCUCCCGCCAAAGCAAUGGGAAUGGCAAUGCCCAGCGCCCCCUUAGGGAGGCCCAGCUGCAGGGCACCCAGACCACGCUGUGUCUGCAGCUGGAAGAAUUUACCUGCAAUGAAGCAAAAGCAGGUCCUUGA